AUGGGUGCCUACAAAUUCAUGCAAGAGUUGUACCGUCAUAAGCAGUCUGAUGUUAUGCGUUAUAUAUUGAGAUUACGGAAUUGGGAAUUUAGGCAGUCCAACAAGAUAGUCCGCGUGAGCCGCCCGACUAGACCAGACAAGGCGCGGCGACUUGGCUAUAAAGCAAAACAAGGUUUUGUCAUUUAUCGAGCUAGAGUGAGGCGAGGUAACCGUAAGCGGCCUGUCCCGAAGGGCGCCACUUAUGGUAAGCCUACCAACGAAGGUGAUCGUGUCGGACGAAAAUGUGGCUCUUUACGCGUCCUCAACUCCUAUUGGGUCGGUGAGGAUUCUACUUUCAAGUUCUUUGAAGUCAUCUGCAUUGACCCCUUCCAUAAGGCUAUUCGCCGUGAUCCGCACGUCAAUUGGAUCUGUCAGGCGCGUCAAAAACACAGGGAAAUGCGGGGCUUGACAUCCGCAUCCAAAAAAUCCCGCGGACUUGGAAAGGGCCACAAAUAUCAUCAGACAAUUGGAGGUUCUCGUCAUGCCUGUUGGCGGCGUAAUAAUGCUGUUCAAAUGCACAGAAAGCGUUAA